AUGGCCGCGGAAGUACACGGACCGGGAAAGGGCAGCGGUUUUACGUGGCGGGCAGAUAUCAAACUGAAUGGAUUUCCGAAAGAUUCAGAAGAACAGAUUUCACAGAAGUUAAGUAACGAAGAUCUGACUCCAGAAAUAAGCCUCUGUCUAGAUACCCUUCUGGAGGAUGGAAUAGCGGUUCCAAAGGAGCAGACACCACAGGAUAUAUUUCCACAUGGUUUAGAAGACUGCCAGAGAACCUGCAUGACCGUUAUUGACACAGAUAACGAAGUAAAAGAACAUUCCCCUAACAAUGAUACAGAUCUUUCACGGACAUCCUCAGAGAAGAUAUGCUUGGAAGCAUUCACUGAACAGAAUGUAGAGACUGGUGAAUUUGAAACCAGUGAUUUGUUGAGAUCCCUCAGUGAUACUGAGAGUCUUAAAAUGAUAAACUCAUUGUCUGACCAGUUAGAGUGUCAGAGUCAUGCCUGUUCCAUUGAUCCCUCAGCAGAUGAGAGCAGCGAUGCCCUGCCAGUACAGCUUGUGACAGCUCUGGAUUCCUUGUCAGGAUCUGUGGUACAACCUGUCAGUCCUGUAGUACCGAGUGAGAGACAGCUUAGCACUGGGGGAGAGCAGUUGAAUUCAGAACCGAGUAUUCCACAGUUAGAUGAUGACUGUACGCAGAUAACAAACGUGAUUGAGCCUCAACUUGCUACAGUUCAGGUGGAAGAAGUAAAAGCCUUAACAGGAUCUAUCUUGCAGAGGACAACAAAUGAGCAACUUGUAGGUGAUCAGCAGAGAGAGAAAGAAGUAAUUUCAGAUUACUGGGGUGCCACCUCUGGUGAAAAGCAAAGUGGGGAGAGAAGUUCACAUUCAGUGAAGGCUGCAGCAUGUGCAGAAACAGCCCAAACAACAUCAAGGAGAGCAAUGCAGUUAAGAGAGACCUCCUCAAGAAAGUGCAGAGAUCAUGUUUCCAGUCAUCACAAAAUACUAGAAGACACUCAACAGAUGAUGUCUCACAGUGGCAAAACAACAAGAAACAAAGCUAAGGAUUCAGAUAAAUUUCAGAAAUCUACUUCUAAGGACAAGCAAGAUCUAGAAACCAACAUAUGCCAAGAAAGAAGUCUGGAUGAGGAUAGGAAAACUGAGCAGAGAAGAAGGAGCAAGAGAAUCAAAAACAAGCAGAGACAAGAAGCCUUUGGUAGGAAUUCUGUAAAUCCUGUGCGCCCCAUUCUACUUUCAGUGAUCAAUAGGAGGAAUAUUUAUGGUGAGACCUUACUGCAUAGAGCUGUUGUAGGUCAAGACCUAGACCUUGUAUGUAACAUAAUAAAAGCUGGCGGAAAUGUAAAUGUUCAGGAUUAUGCUGGCUGGACUGCACUACAUGGAGCAAGUGUGGAAGGCUUUUAUGGGAUAGCGAGUGAGCUUUUAAAAGCAGGAGCUGAUGUUAAUGCUAGAGGAAAUGAGCAGAUAACACCUCUGCAAGAUGCAGUUAAAGAAGGCCAUUAUAAGAUGGCAGAAUUAUUACUUUCAUAUGGAGCAGAUCCCUUAUUAAAAAAUGAGUUGGGAAGGUGUGCAUUAGAAGAAGCUUCUGACCCGUCUAUGAGGAAACUACUUGAAAGCUAUGUAGCGAAAUCCAGUACAUAUUCAGUAUCAGGCUUGAAGGGGGAGGGCAAUAAUAUCAGGCUUGCCUGUGAAAAGCUGUGGGAUGACGUGCCAAGGUUAAAGGCGCAAGGUGCUAGCGAGGGCCCUCGGCCUGUUGCUCUGAGACGUGCUGGGCCGCCCGAUCAAGGGGAGCCUGUUGAUGAAACCUUACCCCAGCUGCGGGAGGCUUCACGCUCGCAGGUUCUUGUGCUGCUGGGGGAUUUCAACCACCCCGACAUCUGCUGGACAAGUAGCAUGAUGAGCUGUGGAGAUGAUUCAAAGAAAGUGUUAACUACUCAAAGGGUAGAAGAUACAAAUCUGCACCAGAUUUCCUUACAGACAGAUGAGUCAGAACCAGCAUGCGCAAAUCUUACAGGCUCAGACAGCAUGGAUGUGCUGCAACAGGCUAUUGUAAAUGAGGUACAAAACAUUUAUACUAAUAUAUCUGAAGAUGGAGCCAGCUGCACUGAACAGACACUUCAAGAAAAAGCACAUGAGCUUUUAGCAGCUGCUAAUGGAGAGAGUGUUUCUGAAAGUCCUUAUAAAGCUACCAGAAGCGUACUAAGCGCCACUGAACAAAAGGCCCUGCAGUCAGAGAAAGGAGGGAGGAUCCUACUUGAUGCAGAAGAAAGUGUUGAAGGAUGUCACAUUGAAACUGAAAAUGUUAGUAAUUUAGAGGUUGAGCCUACAGCUUUACAACUCCAUGAAAAGGACAAACUUCAAAUUAGACGAAAGAGAGACGAUCUUCAGGAGACCAACUCUAAAGCAGAUUGGCAUUUUGGUGUUAAUGCAGGCAUGUUUGCUGGAGUAAGUGGAACAGAAAGCACUGAAAAAGAAGAAGAAGGAAAUGCAAAGACCAACAUGCUUUCACAGUUUGCUGAAACAGAAGUAGUCCAAAGUAAAAGAGUAAGAUUAGACCCUCAGGAGACAAGCCAAAAGGCAGCCUCGUAUUCCAGUAGCAGCAAAACCAAGCUUUCGUCUGAACAAACACAAAUCAGUCAAGCAUCAGAACAGAAAACAUCCAAGAAAUCAGGUGAAAAGAGAAAGAUAAAGAGAAAUGCCAAAGGGGAAACUCAACUGCAUAUUGCUGCUAUGAGGGGAGAUUUGUCUUUAGUGAAAACUCUAAUAUCAUCUGGAGUUUGUGUCAAUGAACAGGAUUAUGCAGGUUGGACAGCAAUUCACGAAGCUUCCAAUAGGGGAUUUACUGAAGUGGUCUUAGAAUUAUUGAAAGCUGGUGCUAAUGUUAACAGCAGAAGUCUGAAUGGUACUUUGCCAAUACAUGAUGCAGUUUCUGGCAAUUAUUUGGAGACAGUCAGGAUUCUACUACAGCAUGGAGCAGAUACUUGUGAGAGGGAUGAUUCAGGAAAAAGUGCUUUGGAUGCAGCUUGUGAUGAUGAAAUGAAAGAACUGCUGAAGUCUUACAGUGCUGUGGAAUCUGUACUUGCUGCUGAGACUACUGAAGUUACAGCGAGGAGAUACCCUUCUAGGUCAAGAAGAAGAGCAAAUUGUUGUUACAACUACUGUAGAAAUCAUGAUGUAGCUUUGGAGCCACAACAUGAGAAAUACAGUGUGGAAUCUGUUGCUGCCAUACAAGAUGCAGAAGAGAAGCAAAAAGAACUGUUGCUACUUGAAUUGAGAACUUGCAAAGAUGCAGGGAUGUAUGUCCAGAGGCUGUCUCAGGUGCAAGUUACUUUGAAUGAAAUGCUUGCAAAACAGAAAACAGAAAGGGAUACCCUUGCUAAAAAAUACAGGGCUUCGAUGGAGUCUUUUGAAAAAGGAGCACUGAGGAAACAAUUAGCUAAACUUGCUUCUAGGCAAAAGAGUCUGUUGACUAUUGCCCAAACCCAGGAAGAAUUAGUCCAGAAAAUACAAAAUUACAGAAAAACAAAGCAAGUGUUCAGUGCAUUGUGUUCAGAGAAGCAAAUCUCAAACAUAGUUAUUUCCCAUGGAAAUGAUAAAAGACUAAGUGCUGAUGAAAUCAUGUGUCCUGAUGUAGUUACAUUUAGUAUGGGGCUUGGUGCCAGCAUGCCUAAUGGAAGCAGUGUAGAAGCACAUCGCUCUUUAGAAAAUAGAUUUUCAGCUGAAGAGUGCAGCCAACAUCCACACAUCUGCUUGAAUGAGACAGGAGCAAAUGAAGAAGCAAUUAGAAGCAAAGAGGCUUCUGAUCAUGCUUUGGCAUCUGAAAACAGGGUAAGAGAAUAUCCCUGUGACAACAUGUCAAAACUGACAAAUGCUGUAGAAGUGGUGACACUGCCUUCAGAACCUACUGUUUCCACUGCUAAAGCAGAGUGCUCACAGCAAAAAGACAUUGAUUAUGUAGCAAUUCCAGAACAAGGAAACAGGUCUUUAAAUCCCACUUCAGUGACCAAUGCAUUAAAUACUGUAGAACCCCGAAACACUGUUGUCAAUGUCUUUCAGCCAGCCAGUGACUGCCAGCAGAUUCUUACAGAUAAGGACCUACACAGAUAUGCAGAUAAGAAAAAAGCUCUCCAGCAGCAGCAGCAGCAAGUGAUUUUGUCAACAUCUACAAAGAAAGUUCCUAAUGCUCUGCAGAAAAUGAUCUGUUGGAGUAGUGAGAAGUCAUUUAAUGCCAACUCAGUGCUUACAAAUCUUACCUCAAAUACAGAUUAUCCAGUAAACCUCAGUGAGAAAUUUUCCCAGAGCUGUAGUAAUCAGGAGUGUGAACAAAAGCGAAUGAGAUAUGGAAGAAGAAACAGGAAGAAGCUUCAACUGAUAGAUCUGCUUGAAUUAGGAAGGAUUAAACCGGGUGAAAAUGUGUUAGAAUUCAGACUGCAGGAAUUUGGUCAUAAAGCUACGCUCUUAAACAAUGGCAAGAUCAGAACCAGUAAGAGACAAAUACUGCAGAAUCCAGUUCAGUGGGUUGAGGACCUACUAGGAAGUGAUAUUUCUGUGACAUGGAAGUAUGCAUGGAAUAAGGUUACAUAUCUUGGGACACCAUUGUCAGAAUUUCUUGCUGAAGACGUGUCAGUUUCUAGUGACCUGGAAUUGCCAUCACAAUUGCUUUUGGGAAGGAAUGUAAGGAGGGGCCCCAGCAACCACAGCCAGUGCCAGCAGAGUCCUGGUACUGUCUCCAUUUCUCAGCCUCUUGGGAGCUUUGACCAGAGCAAUAUGCAGCCAGAUACCCAAUCCUUGCCACAGACAGAAGUUGUGAAAACAUUGCUAUGCCCUGAAAGAGAAGCAGCUGUUACCAGAGGAUCUGAGAGCUCUUUUGUCCAGUUCGACUCGGUGGAAAGUCUGACACGUUUUCUUCAGUUCCGUGAGGUAUUGCUGGUACCUAAAGAGGAGCUUCUGCCAUGGCCUGUAAUGGAAAAGCACUGGAAUUUCUACAAAGGAUGUGAAGAUUUUGGAUUCUGA